CCCAACAAUCACUCCAAACCAAGCGCGAAAACGCCCAAAACGCGACGUUUUUUCGCCCGGCUUCAUGCCCUUGGACGGCAGAACGGUACGUAGCACAAAUUUCCAUGCUUUUUUGGCACUGAUGCUAACACGCCCCGCAGGCGCGCGAAGACGGUUCGUUGUUGGUUCCAUCAUUGAAGGGGGCCACCUGCACCGCGGGCCAGUGGGCUGCUGCAUCUCCUCCAGCCAGUACCCCAACUCUCGCCAUGUCGGCGGACACCACCGUCUCGGCCAAUACGCGGGCCACGCGAUCGCGUUUUUCGAGUCCGCAGACGGCAGCAAACGGAGCGGCGACCGAUUCGUCCUCGAGGUUUCAAGGCGCUGGCACCGGCACCAGCAACGGCACCGGUACCAGCACCACUACGAACGGCCACGACGGACAACGAAAAACAUUCAUGCAGCGCUGGCUCGAGCCUCCGGUUCAGGCCAAGGCAAGCUAUCAGGAAGCUGGACUCGUGCGUCAGGGCGUAUUCGAAAAUAUGGCGCCGCUCGGGACGCUGCCAAAGGUCGGCCUCUUUAAGAAGACAGCGCCACCUCCUCCGGCACCAGCUACCCCUGCACCUGCGCAGCGUGCACCGGUUCGCAUCGUCAUCAAGCAGAGGAAACCUGUCGCGCCUUCUACCCCGCCUCCCGCACCGCCUCCCGCGCCCGAAGAAGACGAGACAGAGGCGGACGAGACGGAAGACGAGGAGGACGACGGCAAAACGGAGGAUCAGGACGAGGAGCAGCCCGGUACUUUGGACAAAGAGCAUCACAAGGCUCGCACGACAGCUGCAUCACAGCGCUCGCGACGGUCGGUCACCUCUGGCGAGACGGACGACCUGGAGUGGGCACCGGGCACCGCGACGCAAAAAGGCAGAACGCGACGGAGCAUAUCACGGGCGAGCACCGGACCUCUGCAGCAACCGCCGACAAGUGCGAAUCGCGUCUCGCGGCCGUUUAAUCAGAGGGCGUUCGUCGACAAGGUGGUGGAGGCAGCGAUUAGUGAGGCGCUCACUCAUUUUCGGUACCCCACAGCUUGGGCCCUGCGCACGCUCUCCAGCAGUGAAAAUUCAUCACAACAAGAAUUUCUCGACAUGAUUGAGAAGGUGUUUCGCCAAACCGCGAACGCCGACGAACUCGAAGAAUUCGCCCGAUGCAUCCGGGACAAGAAGAAGGAAGGCCAGAAAAAGAACACAGCCUUCUUUUACUUCGAGUCGCGGUCUGACGACCGCGCUGGCCUUCCCACACCGCCGAGGCCCAAGAAGGCCCCGUACAGCAACCUCGUCAAAUUUGACAUCUCCAGCCUGCGCCUCGAUCAGGACGGCAGCAGCAAGUCUCGGAAGAAGCGGGAGCGAACGGUGGACGCUGCUCCAGAACCCGCACCCGAGCGGACCGCCGAGCCCGGGCCUGAGCCUGAGCCUGAGCCUGCGCGCGAGCCCGAGCUAAAGCUGGAGCAGGAGCUGGAGCAGAAGCCUGCGAUUGAGCUCGCGCCCGAACCCGAGCCCGAGCUCCCUCCGCGCAAAAAGCGCAAAUCCGGCAGGCAGCAGCCGGGGGCGACACCAUAUUCGUCAUCCAAGAUGGCAUCCAACGGCGUGAAUGGCAAGGCGAACCCGGAGACCCCUCCUCGGAAGCGGAUACGGGCUGGCUCAGAGUCGAGUAUUUCCUCACUUUCCAGCGCCCGAUCCUUGACGCCGCCGGAGGGAAUCCGAGAAGACGGUGAGGAGGACCAAGGGUUUGAUGAGGCACCCCCCUCGCGGACCAGCCCUGCGCCGGACCCUCAGCCAAUCACAGCCAACAGGCGGCGUCGGUCCAACGCACCGCGAAAGAGCCGGAACGUGUCACCCUCCCGACUCUCCCCCGUCGUCUCCAACUCCACUGCGCCGCAGCAACCGGCCGCUGUUGCUGCUCCUUCGCAGUCGUCCCAGCCGUCCCAACGGCAAUCCCCCGCUGCUGAGCAGCCCGCUGCUCUCACCGAGCAGCAACCGUAUGAGAUGCCUGCCGUCGUCGACUCGCCCCUCUUUCCGAACCUCAAUUCGAAGAAGGGUGGCAAGUCCGGCACGCCGGCGCUCGUCUUCGCCACCAAACUGGGCAAGAUCGACCCCGAGGAUCCGAACCUGCGCCAUCGCCAGGAGGCGCGCAAGGUGACGAACACGCCAUUCCCCGUGAGCAACAUCAGGGGAGGCUCUCCGCGGCUUGCAUCCAAGCAGGUGAAGCCGGAGGGCCAGGCGAAACCGGUGGCGCCGGCGACGCCGGCGACGGUGCCUGCAUCGCGGCCGCGGCCUACUCUCCCAUCCGCGCGCGCCACCCCGGCUCCGAGGGAAGGACGGAGCACGCGCUCGUCGCUCAAGCGGACGCACGAUGAUCUCGAGGACCAGCCGUCGCCGACAACCGCCAACUUCCCAGGAUCCGACGCAGCAUCCACCGUGGCGGACUCACGCGCCGGGACGCCAGCUCUGCGGGCGACCAAGAAGCCCAGGACCGGGCUUAGAGUUAAGAACUCGCCCAUGAAGAAGAAGCACGGCCCGUCAGCAGGCAUUCCUCGCCCCAGCGGAGAGCGCAGCAGUCCCGUGGGCAAUGCCCCGAGAGAGGACGAUAACGACGACUACUGCUCGUCCUGCGGCGGCAAUGGCGUGCUGAUCUGCUGCGACGGCUGCACCAGGUCCUUCCACUUCCAGUGCGUGGAUCCGGUCCUGAGACACGAUGCCAUGCCCGUCGAGUGGUUCUGCAACGUGUGUCGCGUCCAUCGUGACCCUGCGCAUUUGCCUACUCACAACGGAGCGUUUGCCGUGCUGCUGGAGAAGCUCGACGCGAGGAACUCGAGCGCCUUCCGCCUGCCGGGCCACGUCCGCGACCGCUUUGACGGCGUGCGCACCGGUGCCGACGGCGAGUACGAGGAGAUCGCGAAUGUCGUAAAGCCGCCUGCUCGGAAAAAGAAGAACGAGGAAGACCAGGCUCCCGACUUGCACCGCUUACGCGACGCAGAAGGCAAUGCCGUCAUCUGCCACAGCUGUCAAAAGGGCGCCGGUCCGAACCGUGCCAUUAUUCCCUGCAGUGCCUGUGGCCUCUUCUGGCACAUGGACUGCCUCGACACUCCGCUGGCCUAUCCGCCUGUGUUGCGCACCUGGAAGUGCCCGCUGCAUGCCGACGGUCUUCUUGAGACGCUCCCAGGCAUUCUCUACCCCGCCCACAAGUACCGCAAGGUGAAGGACGCGCCCGUCAUCAGGCCCACCUUCACCCGGGGCUACGUCAACAACGGUUUCAUCGAAGUUGACCUAGACGACAGCGAAGAUGAGAGCGGGUGGAGGGACGUCGAGACUUUCGGCCGGACUGUGCGGCUCUCCGAGAGGGGUAUCAAGCUCGACUUUCUCUCACGUAUUCAUAGCCAGAAACCAGCCGUCCCCCCGCCACCGCCCACACCGCCCGCACCGCGUCCUGCGGCACAGAGGUCCUUGGAGGAGCAGCAGGCUGCCCUCAAUCUAGCUCAGCUGAGUGGUACCCGCGACGAUGGCGUCGCCACUCUCAUCGAUGCCAUGAUCUCCCAAGCCGACCCGUCCGUCAUCGACGUCAUGGCCCGGGCCAACCCUAGCCACCUGGAGAGCGCCGAACUAAACCACAUGGAUCAACAGAGCCUGCGCGCCAUCCUCGCCAGCGCAGAGUCGAUGACCAACCGUAUCCGCCAGCUCUUAGCAUCACCCACCGCUGAGCAACCCUCCCCACAGGCCAGCGGCGCGAACAUCAAGUCCGAGCAGGCCCCUGCCAUAGCUCCCAGCAUCACCAACUCGCAAUCCCCGAAUCCUGAGCCCGACAACUCGGUCAAUCUUAACGCCGGCCAGAGCGCCAUGGAUAUCGACACGACUAAAAGCCCCGCGUCACCCGCUUCUACCGACGAUGUCCCCGCGAUGACCCAGGGCGAGAAGACCCCCAUCCAGGGCGACCAGUCUCCUGCUGCUCCGUUACCUCUGGAGCAGAGUGCCCCGAUCGAGAACGGCGACGUCCCUGCGGCUCCGACCAAGGUGGCCGCUAUUUCUGGCGACGAGCCGCUCGUUCUCGACGCUGGCGGCGAUACGGAGAAGACGCUGGGCGAGGGGGUUGAGGGCGCCUCCAUGGGCAUGGAGUGAUUCGCCUCUGCCGUGGAAUGCACUUUGGCCCAGAUGGGACCGGCAACGUCUUUUAUCUUUUCGGCCCCUUGAAUGGGGCUUCUAACUAUUUUCCCUCUCCUGCACGGUACCGCGCUA